AUGGACUCACUAGGUGAAGCAAACAUCAAGUUCACAAUUGACCUGUUCAAGCAUCUCAGAAAACCAGAGAGCAACGUUUUCUAUUCCCCAGUCAGCAUCAUGUCAGCAUUAGCCAUGCUCUUGCCCGGGGCGGCGGGAGACACCGCGCAACAAAUUGAGGAGGUAGGUGCCAGCAUCGCCUCACUGACCAGUUGGGUACUGGGUUCUCCACCACACUGCCAGCUGGUUGAAAAUGUGCAUCACCAGUUUCAAAAGCUGCUCACUAAAUUAAACAAAUCCAGUGAUGCCUAUGACCUGAAGAUUGCCAAUAGGAUCUAUGCAGAAAAGAAAUUUCAACUUCUCCAGAAAUAUUUGGAAGACACACAGAAAUUUUACCGAACGAAUGUGGAAAGACUGGAUUUUGUAAAUGCUGCAGAAGAAAGUCGAAAGAAGAUUAAUUCCUGGGUGGAAAGCCAAACGGACGAAAAAAUCAAGGACCUAUUUCCUAUGAGGACUCUGGACAGACAAACUGUACUGGUUCUAGUGAAUGCAGUCUAUUUUAAAGGGUUGUGGAAUGAGAAAUUUGAGAAAAAGCACACUAAAGAAGAGAAAUUUUGGCUGAACAAGGACACAAGCAAACCUGUGCAGAUGAUGAAACAGACAAACUACUUCAAACUUGCCUUCUUAGAAGACGUGCAAGCCACGAUCUUGGAAAUGCCAUACAAAGGCGAACGUCUGAGCAUGUUUGUCCUUCUGCCAAAUGAAGUUGAUGGUCUGCAGCAGCUUGAAGAUAAGCUCACUGCUGAGAAAUUAAUAGAGUGGAUAAAGCCACAGGCCAUGGGUGAGAGAGAGGUGCACUUAUCCAUCCCCAGGUUCAAAGUGGAAGAAAACUAUGACCUCAAGACCGUGUUGGGACACAUGGGGAUAGUGGAUGCAUUCAAUCCACAGAAAGCCGACUUCUCUGGCAUAAGUGGGGGGCAUGAUCUCGUGGUGUCUAGAGUCAGGCACAAAUCCUUUGUGGAGGUGACAGAAGAGGGGACAGAAGCUGCGGCUGCCACAGGCGUGGAAAUUUCUUUGACAUCCGCGCCAAUAGUUGAAUAUUUCUCCUGCGAUCACCCCUUCCUCUUCUUCAUCAAGGAGAAUGAGACCAACAACAUUCUAUUCUUUGGAAGAUUCUUUUCCCCUUAA